AUGGCCGAGGUAACCCGCAUUCUUGUGCUAGGAGCGACAGGCUACAUCGGCGGCUCUGCACUUGCAGAAUUACUAAAGCACAAUGUUGAUGAGCCGGCACGGUAUACGAUAUCAGCGCUUGUUCGAAAGCCCUCUCAAGCCUCGAAGCUCGCAGAUGCCGGCGUCAAGCCGCUGAUCUUCAAAGACCUUGAUGAUUUUGAAGUCAUUCGUGCGGCUGCAAAGGACCAUGAUAUAUGCGAAGUCGUCCUCGCUGCUGCAUCAGCAAGACAUUACGACUGUGCAAGGGCUUGCAUUGAAGGUCUUGGAGAACGUGGUAAGAGUACCGGGAAAGCAACUCACUAUAUUCAUAGGGGGCUUGCGAUCGUCGUUGAUUUGUUCCAGACAUCGGGGGCGAGUAAUGUUGGAGACUGGCCGUUAACGGGCGAUCGAAUUGAUACCUCUAUUCAUUCUGAUGUCAACGAAGAUAUCUAUGAAUUUGAAAAGACUCAUCCAGAGACCCUGAGUCCAGUGCGUAAUGUUGACUUACGAGUUGUCGAGCUGGGCGAACGGCAUGGCGUACAGACGUAUAUUGUUAUUCCACCUCUUAUUUUCGGUCCUGGAACUGGUUUGUUCACUCUGGGUUCUGGCCAGGUUCACCAAAUUAUGCAGUUAGCACUGAAAAAGAAGCAAGCUGUUAUGUUAGGUUCGGGCUCUGGUAUCUGGAAUCGGAUCCACAUCCUCGACUUAAGCCGUCUAUUUUACCUCCUAGUUCAGGCUAUCCUCGAUCACAAAUCUGAUCUGCCGAGUGGCAAGACAGGCUACUACUUUGCCGAAAAUGGGUUUCAAAGCUGGAAGAGUAUUGCUGAAAAGAUAGGAGGGGCGGGGAAGACGGUUGGGGCAUUCGAAACGAAUCAAGUGACCAAUAUAGAGUUGCAAGAUGCUGCAGAUGUGUUUUUCAAUGGCAACGGUAGGGAUGCUGAGGGUGUUCUAGGAUCCAAUUCGAGAACGAAAGCUGAUCGAGCUCGCGGAGUUCUUGGCUGGAGUCCUGAACGUGGCGAAGAAGAGUUUGACUCUGAGAUAGUGAAAGUAGUUACUGCCAUGUAUGAGGAGACAGUGAAGUCUGGUUGA